CUCCAGCGCCCGCGCCUCGGAUUCUGGGCACGCCAGGGUAGCGGAAAUCGGCACCGCCACAGCCUGGGCGUAAUCCUCGUACACCAUUUUCGCACCAGAUGUCACUUGCACACCGGUAUGCCGUAAUUCAGUACUUUCGUUCAGUCGGUCCCUUCCUUGCCUGAAGUCAAUCGUUCUGCCGCCAUGUUGAGCAUGCCCCGGCCCAGAGCCCUCUUCGUGGCAGUAGGCUUCGUCUUCAUUACUUUAAUUACGUUUUACUCUUUCUCAACUGGUUCCUCGGUCUCGCAAAGGACUUUGGAGGUUGACUUAGAAGUCGCGUCGGACAUCGCCCAAGAGAGCUCAAACACGCGUGGCUUUCAUUUACUGACUACAGCAACCGGCAAUGACUUGAAUGUCUGCCGCUUGGUACUUUCGGCAGCCGUUCUUUCCUAUCCUCCGACAGUUUUGCUUGCCUGGAAGGGUGAAGGCGACUUUGAUGCUGCCGAAACACAUCUUGCAAAAGUGCGCGCACCACUUCGCUACUUUGACACUCUUCCCAAGUCCAGCGAGGACGACUUGGUUCUUUUGAUAGACGGUUACGAUGUCAUUUUCCAGCUUGGCCCGGAUGUACUGCUCCAGCGCUACCACGAGGUGGUCAAGGCCUCGAAUGAACGAUUAGAGAGACAAUUUGGGGCCAAACACGUAAAAAGCCAUAACAUGUACACUACCAUACUCUUCGGGCCAGAUGUAUUGUGCUAUCCCAUCGAUUUCCGCCGCCCAGCCUGCUGGCUAGUACCCGAAUCUACGCUUCCACGUGAUGCCUUUGGCUCAGAGACAGACAAGAAUGACGAACACAGGCGACCCCGCUGGCUCAACUCUGGCACCAUGCUCGGACCCGUCAAGGACCUCCGCCGUCUUUUCGAAGCCACCAUGGACAAGGUCAAUCAGACGUGGGACCCAGAGUUCUACGGCCGCAACUCGGAUCAAAUGUAUCUUGCAGACGUUUGGGCUGACCAAGAGUUCGUGCGCAUGACGUCCACUGGCAAGAACGCGACGAUCCCUCUUCCGGACCAGGUGCCCGACGAAGUGAAACCUAAUGUAUUCACCCCAGCGCCCGAAGAUAGAAAGAAAGCCGAGCAUCAUAUAGGCAUCGACUACGAAUCUCGUAUGUUCCAGACAGUCGCACUGUUCUACGACAUCCUUCAGUGGGCUACCUUUGACAAGCCUCGGUCGUUCAUCACAAAGGACGAGAUCCACCAAUUCUCACUUAAGCUACCGAAAGACGUGGAGCAAUCCAAAGCCCCAUUUCGUGCCCUCAACCAGUGGGGCUGGGGUAACGCCUGGCUCAAGCGCAAGUCCUGGAAAGACGUCCCCCUCGGGAUCAACACAGUGACGAAGAACAUGUUCCCCGUCAUCCAUUUCACUGGACUCAAAAACUACCGCGAUGAGUGGUGGGACCGCAUGUGGUUCUUCCCUCAUGCGGAGAAACUUUUGAAGGCG